UAAGGCCGCGGGGCCGCCGGCCGGACCCAGCGCCCCAGCGGGAGGGGCGAUGCGGGCGGGGAGCGCCAUGGCCCGGGCCCGGAGCCGCCUCUGCCACCUCCUGCUCGUCCUCCUCCUCCUCCUCCUGCCGCCGCCGGCCGCGCCCGGGCAGCCCGCGGGUUUCCAGCAGAUUUCCCUGCUCUCUUCCUAUGAAGUUGUAACCCCGCAGAGGUUGGGAAGAGAACGGCGAGAGGCUUCCAACAGCUCCUCAGUGCAGGACAAAGUAUCAUAUGCUAUUGAGAUCGAGGGACAGGAAUACACCAUUCAUCUAGAAAAGAACAAAGAACUGCUGCCCAAAGAUUUCACAGUUUAUACCUAUAACAAGGAGGGAAAGUUGCAAUUGGAAUAUCCAGAUGUCCAGGAUCACUGCCAUUAUCAGGGAUUUGUGGAGGGGACCCUGGAUUCCGUGGUGGCUGUCAGCACUUGCUCGGGGCUCAGGGGCUUGGUGACAAUAGGCAAUGUCACUUACGGGAUUGAGCCCUUGGAUUCCUCUUCUGGCUCUGAACACAUCUUAUAUCGACUGGAGAAUGUGAAGAGAGAGCCCACGACGUGUGGAGUGACGGCUGAAGGCCCGGAAAAGGAGCAGGCAGAGGGAAAUCCCCAUCCCAGUAUGACCCAGCUGCUCCGGAGAAAGAGAGCAGUCCUGCACCAGACAAGAUAUGUGGAGCUGUUCAUAGUUGUGGAUAAAGAAAAGUUUGAAGAUUUUGGGAAGAGUGAAACAGAAGUAAGAGAACACAUGGUGCAGCUGGCAAACUUCCUUGACAGUAUGUACAUCAUGCUGAACAUCCGCAUCGUGCUGGUCGGUCUGGAGAUCUGGAAGUACGAAAACAUCAUCAGCACGGACGGGGGGGCCGGGGAUGUGCUGGCAAACUUCGUGCAGUGGCGAGAGAAGAACCUGGUUCUGCGGCGGAGACACGACAGUGCCCAGUUAGUCCUGAAGAAGGGGUUUGGUGGCACAGCUGGAAUGGCCUACGUGGGAACAGUGUGCUCCAAAAGCCAUGCAGGAGGCAUUAAUGUGUUUGGAAGGAUCAGUAUCCAGAUGUUUGCAUCCAUCAUGGCUCACGAGCUUGGCCAUAACCUGGGGAUGAACCACGAUGACGAACGUGUCUGUCACUGCGGGGCCAGCAGCUGCAUUAUGAGCUCCGGAGCAUCGGGAUCGAGGAACUUCAGCAGCUGCAGCGCAGAGGACUUUGAGAAGCUGACUCUCAACAAAGGUGGGAGCUGCCUGCUCAACGUUCCGAGGCCUGACGAGACCUACAGCGUCCCGUACUGCGGGAACAGGCUGGUGGACGCUGGGGAGGAGUGUGACUGUGGCUCACCAAAGGAAUGUGAGAGCGAUCCGUGCUGUGAGCCAGGGACUUGCAGGCUCCGAUCCGGUGCUGAGUGUGCCUAUGGUGACUGCUGCAAAAACUGCCGGCUCCUCCCCGGAGGAACCGAGUGCCGGGCGAGCAACAACGAGUGUGACCUGCCGGAGUACUGCAACGGCACGUCUCAGUUCUGCCAGCCCGACUUCACGGUGCAGAACGGGCACCCCUGCCACGACCAGGAGGCCUACUGCUACAACGGCGUGUGCCAGUACUACGACGCCCAGUGCCAGGACAUCUUUGGCCCGAGUAAGGGGCAGCACAGGGUUGCAGCCGCUCUGGGAGAUGUACCUGAAGAACACCCCGAGUUUAUUUCGAAAGCCAAAGCAGCCCCAGACAUUUGCUUUGCUGAAGUGAAUUCCAAGGGGGACAGAUUUGGCAACUGUGGUUUCCAUGGCCAUGACUACAAGAAAUGUUCCAGCUGGAAUGCCAUGUGUGGGAAGCUGCAGUGUGAAAAUGUGAAAGCCAUGCCUGUGUUUGGAAUCAAGCCUGCUAUUAUCCAAACUCCCAUCAGAGGCACCACUGGGGUGUGCUGGGGGGUGGAUUUCCAGCUGGGCUCUGAUGUCCCAGACCCAGGAAUGGUGAAUGAAGGCACCAAGUGUGGUAAUGGAAAGAUCUGCAGGCACUUCCAGUGUGUGAGUGCCUCUGUCCUGAACUACGACUGUGAUGUGGAGAAGCAAUGCCACGGGCAUGGGGUGUGCAACAACAACAGGAACUGCCACUGUGAAGCAGGCUGGGCCCCCCCUUUCUGUGACACCAAAGGCUACGGAGGCAGCGUGGACAGUGGUCCCCCGUACAAUGACAAAGACACCUCUCUGCGGGACGGGCUGCUGGUGUUCUUUUUCCUGGUGCUGCCACUCCUGGUUGCUGCUGCCCUGGCCUUUGUAAGGAGGGACAGGCUGAAGCGAUGCUUCAGGAGGCUGAUGUCCCGCUGCCACUCGUCACUUCAGUCACCUCCUCCUCGGCCAGACACCGAACCCAGGGACUACCAGCACAGAGGCUUCUCCCACGGCAUGCCUUACGCUCCAAGAGCUGUACCCACGCAGGACAUGGAUCCAAACACCUUUCCUGUCCCAGCUUACCCAGUGAACCAGCACCCUCAACAGGCUUUCCACCAGCCCUACUAUCCCCCGCCGCAGUACCCGGUGCAGCAGCCGCCGAGGCUGCCCAGCAGGCCACCACCCCCGCAGCAGAAGGUCGUACCUCAGGGGCCGCCACCGCCACAGCAGAAAUGUUUACCUCAGGGACAGUAUUUCCCUUCCCGACCGGCACCUUUGCCUCCCAAAUAGCUUUGGGCUUUCUCGGGGCCUUCCCCUGAGCUGAGCUGGUGGCUGUCCCCCUCGUGGCACCACGGCAGCUGGGACAGGGCAGGGAGAGAUCCAAACCAGGAAUGUAGGACUUCACACUAAUAAAUACCUCGACCAAAGCUCCAGGGACUGAGACACCCGGCCUGUUCCUCGCUCCGUCCGUCCGAGCUGCAGCCGGGCUGGCAGCGGGAGCGCAGCAGCCUGGGGGGGAAACAGCCCUGAAAUCCAGCACGUGGGGCUUGCUUUGGGUUUCCCCAUUUCUGCCCUGAGCCCUGGUAAGGAAAUUGUCUGGUUCAUUGUCAUCUCUCUGACUGUGCAGUGAGGAAUCGGAGUAACCCGCUUGCAAAACAAGGAGAUCUGGUCAGUUAAUUUACAGUUACUCUGCAUGGACUAGAAAGUGUUUCCUGUGUACACCUUGAUGGCACAAGUGGAAUGAGGUCUCAGUGGACUUUUUCAGACGAAGAGAGAUAUAUUUUAAACAUGUUUGUGCAUGUAUAUAUGUUUAUAGAUGCGUAAUAAUGCACUUAAAUCCUUAAUUCCAUGCUGACUGACACUAAACUGUGCUGUAGGAACACUGAGUUUAAUGCUUUUUAAUUAGAGAUUGGCUAAAUGAGACUCCUGUACUAAUUCCCACUAAUACAUGGAUAGGCAGUGAAGAUAAAGGUACGAGAAGACACGGCCAUGUUCUGGUUUUAAAAAAUGGGGUGCUGUUAGGUUUUAAUUCAGGUUUAAGGACAGAGCAGCAGUUCCUGCAGGACAGUAGGAAGCAGGAAGUGUCUCUGCCUGGACCAACAGAGCUUCUCUGUGCACUUCAAACAGGAACCUGGUGACUGCACCCUCUCUUUUAAUCCCCAAACCUUUGUAGUGUCAGUCAGGAUGCUUUCAGGCCACCUUGUGUCAGACUAGAGUGCCCUCUGCUCCUGCCCCACGGGCUAGACUGGAGUUUGGAAUUCCUCCUGAGCGGAGUUGCUCAGCAUGCAGUGUGCUGGGAGAGGAGGAGGAGCUGUGGAUCCUGAUCCUGUGGAGCCGUGGGUAGAAGCUGGAUGUUGUGGUCACAAAUAGGAAUCUAUUUCACAACUUGCUAAAAGUGCUGAAGAGAAUGCUGGGCUGUUUCACUCUGUGCUCACCACAAGCACAGCUCAAUCUGUAAAAUCCCCCUAAUAUUGCCAAAAAAAUCAUCUUUUCCUCUGUAUAUACAUAUAUAAAUAUAUAUAUAUAGUGUGUGCAGUAAUAAAAUACUUGAACUCCUGUGGUUUCCCAUAAACUUAGACUAAGAUUUAUAACACUAUUAAAAUCUGUAAAAUGUCACCUAGAAUUUCACCAGCUGUACUGGUGGGGGUCUCCUGUUUGUUCCAAGAUAAUCAAUCACUUCCAAAUGUUGCUGUGUCCUGCUCCCCCUGGGCUGUCUGUCUGUCUCUCACAGGGAGCUCUGCAGCUGGCCCAUCUCUAGCCCCAGUCAGAGGGUGGGAGGGAGGAGAGGAUCCAGGGAAUGAAGUCAUCCAGAGGGAUGUGCUCAGCUGUGUGUGACGCUGUGUGUCUGAACUAAACUAUGCUGAAAAUGGUGCCUUUACAAGACAAAGAGUUCUUGCACUCCCAGCGUGCACGUUGGAAUAGCUGAGGGCAGGGACGUGGGGCUUAGGGGUGAUCUCGUGGACAGGACGUGGCUCCAGUGUUUUGUGUUGAAUGCUGACGAUGACUACUGACUUUCUUUUGUAAAGUGUACGGAUUCCUGUCCCCGGGCGGGUCUGGAGCUGGCGGGGCCGCGGUCGACACCCGUGGGCUCCCCCACAGCCGGCCCAUGCCGGGCUCUGGCCAAAGGGCUGUUCCCAACCCCUUUGUACGGACCCAACGAGCAAUAAAGAUGCCAGUUUUGUACAA